CGGCGCCGCGCGACGAUUGGCGGGCGCUGCCCGCGCAGGCGCGCGCGGCCGGCGGCAGAGCCGGGCCCGCGGAACCGAGCGGCGGCGGCGGCGGCUCCGGAGCGCGCCCGGGCCGGGCCCCGCAGCCAUGAAGAUCUGGACUUCGGAGCACGUGUUCGAUCACCCCUGGGAAACGGUGAUGACAGCUGCCAUGAGGAAAUACCCCAACCCCAUGAACCCCAGCGUGGUGGGAGUCGAUGUCCUGGACAGACACGUGGAUCCCAGCGGGAAGCUGCACAGCCACAGGCUCCUGAGCACGGAGUGGGGAAUCCCGGCCAUUGUGAAAUCGCUCAUUGGCACCUGCAGGACAAGGACGUACGUGCAGGAGCACUCUGUUGUUGACCCUGUGAAAAAAACAAUGGAACUUAAAUCCUGUAAUAUUUCAUUUACAAACCUCGUGUCAGUAGAUGAGAGGCUUGUCUAUAAACCACACCCUCAUGAACCACACAAAACCAUUCUGACACAAGAAGCAAUAAUAUCUGUAAAAGGUGUCAGUCUCAGCAGUUACCUAGAAGGGCUAAUGGCAAACACAAUUUCUUCCAAUGCUAAAAAAGGCCGUGAAGCAUUGGAAUGGGUAAUUAAAAGACUGAAUGCUGAAAUUGAAGAGUUUGCAGCUUCAGCAAGAGGAACCAUGAGGAAUUCAAUGGCAGCAGCAGCAUUUGUAGAGAAAUGAUGAUAGUUCUUAGACCUGUAUCACUAACAAGGCUUAACGACUUGCAGCUUCUCUCCAGGCCUAAAUACAUGCAUCCUUUCUUAUUUAAAGGAUGUGUGUAUUAGGCAUGUUAUAAAUUUAAUCUGGAGAAAAGCUGAAUUCUUACCAAGGCUGGGGCUCAAGGGCAAUUUAAUAUAUUGGGUCAGCUGGACCGAAUUGCGGUUACAGAUGAAGAAAUAAAUUUCAAAGUGUAGUUCCUGUAUUUACAUGAACUCUAAUUUAUAAUGUUUGCAGAUAUGAAAUAGCCUCAUUUAGUGGUGAGGCUGCAUAUGGUGGAGGACACUGGCAUGUUAGAUUAACUUUAUUUUUUGUGUGACUUACGGACUACCUCUUUUGGGACCAAGCCCAAAAUUAAGCAGAAUGGUUGUUCCAGCAUUGCUCUUUUUGUUGAUUUUUGGCAGUUGUGUGAUACAACUUGGUUUUACAGAAAGCUUAUUACUUGAUGCUUGAAAUAUAAAAGAAUGUUCAAAAUAUUUUUUGAUAAGCUUUUUAACUUGACUGGUUGAACUAACACGGUACUCAAAUUAUUUUUCAGUCACUAUAGGUAAAACAUCAAAGUGUCUCUUACCUACCUACCAAGACCUAAAUCCUGCUCCUAAAUGCAACAUUUAUGAGCUGGGCAUGCAGUACCUUAAAAUCAAAUUUUAUCUUAAACUUCUAAGUAUAAGAAGUAUAAUAAGUAUCUCCAUUUCUAAAAGCCCGUUACAUAAAGGUACAGUAAGCAAAGAGCCUUAAAAUCUUGUAAGCUGCUACAGUAGCAGGUGUUCACUCCAAAGAACCAAUUAAAGACUGAAAAACCUUUGUAAAGGUGGCUGAGGAGAUACCUGAAUAUAAGAGGAAGUAGUAUUUAACAAUAUUCUCAUGAACUUGAUCAGGUUCCAGAAAUAACCUGCUCCAUCUACUGGAUAUUGUGUUGUCCUUUACUUUGACGAGUGUUCUAAGUUCCAAAUCCCUUUACCCUUUGAACUUAUUUGCUCAUAGUAGAAGGCCCUUUGUGUUCUCAAGGGUUUCACUUGGUGUUCUCCAGUCUCUGUUUCCUGGUACUCACUGCAGGUUCUUGGUACUGUUGCCAGUCAUUUGCUACAGGAACCGAAAGGUCAACCCUGUGUGCCAGGAUGUGUGUGUGUGUGUGUGUGUGUGUGUGUGUGUGUGUGUGUGUGUGUGCAGGUUUUGUGUGUGUGUGUGUGUGCAGGCUGUGUGUGUGCGUGUGUGCUGUGUGUGUGUGUGUGCAGGCUGUGUGUGUGUGCAGGUUUUGUGUGUGUGUGUGCAGGUUUUGUGUGUGUGUGUCAGGCUCUGUGUGUGUGUGUGCAGGUUGCUCUGUGUGUAUGUCAGGCUGUGUGUGUGUGUGUGUGCCAGGCUGUGUGUGUGCCAGGCUGUUUGUGUGUGCAGGCUGUUUGUGUGUGCCAGGCUCUGUGUGUGCCCCGCUGCCAGUUGUCCUGGGCACCUCCCUGUCCCACCAGGCUCCUUCAGUGUAACAGAAAAACACAAAGGCACAGCCCAGAAGUAGCUGAUGGUGGUAUUUUUGGUGCCCAAGGUUUUUUUCUGGAAUUUUGAUUCUAAGUUUACAAGUGAUUUCAAGACCCUCUUGGCCUUUAUGAACUGUAAUGUCACCCAGCCCAGCAUAUUUGAUUUUGCAUGCCAUUUCUGUUCUAUCAAAUUGCCUAUGAAGUAGCAUCUGCUAUAUAGAGAACCAGAGCUUAUUUUAACAAACGAGAACACUUCUGUAAGGUUUGUGCUGGGGGAAGAAAACAGAAAUAUAGAUAUAUAUUACUUUUAAAAACUAACUAUUCUAAAUAGAAUAUUUUUCUAAACAGAAAUUGUUUGAGACUACCUUACUAAUUCAAGUCAUUGAGGUUUGCCAUACUUUUACAGAUUAUUACAACUGAAAUAACAUUUCAAUUUUAAAAGUCUGUGAAACUUCUGCAAAACUGUACCAUCAUUUCUGAUAAAAAUACUUAACUUGAAACUCAUUUUAUAUGUUUGCUCAGCCAUUAGCAUAACUUGAUAUUCUAAAGUCAGUUUUUUAAUUUCCAAAUUUUUCUGCACUAAGGACUGCAUAGUAGAACUCACAGUUUGGCCUUGCACUGAAAAAAAAGCCUUUUAAGUUUUACAGGCAUUCAACAACUUGUUGAAAGAUAAUAAAUUUCUUUCUUCUAUUUUAUUUAUAUGCCUGCAUUCUCAUUCUGUCAGAGUAUGGCUUUCUGUACGUGGCGCUUUUUAAAUAAAAUUUUGUUUCAAUUCUGGCUAAUUCCUCGAACUUCCUGGUCUAUUUGUGUUUUAGAACUAUAAGGUGAGUAAUCUAAAAUGAGAGGGGUGAGGGUGAAGAAAUCCCUGGAGUGAGUGGCUUCUUUUCUUGAAAUGCAUAUCCUAAAAUGCACAUUCACAGCUGCUUUUUUGCUUCUUAAUAACUGCUUUUCUGCAAAAUCUGGCUGUAACUCACACCAAGAUUUCACAGUUUGCUGUGGAGAAUCCAUCCUGUCUAAAGAUUUUCAAUCUGCUUGGGCUGAGAUUUGUGUUCAGAUUCAGUGCAGGGAGUGUGGGUUGCUGUGGAUGAAUGCACCACACCACUGUGAGGGGCUGGGAGGAAUGGAGGAGGUGGGGAAGAGAAAGGCUACAGCUGGAGGAGCAGAACUGAAGGACCAGGAGGAAAGGAGAAAUAAAUAAAAAAGGGAAGGGACACGGGAAGUUUAGGGGCAGAGGUGGAGGAAUGUGAUGUGAACAAAUCAGUGCUGAGGAUUGAUGGAUCCCUGCCCACCAAUGGGUGUCAGCACCUGUUCAGCCACAGCAGUGAACUUCAAGUGCCAGCCAGGGGUUUGCUUCAAAAAAAGCAGAAAAAUUGUAACCACCAUUUCCUACAACAUUGCUGAUCUGUCUCUUGUGGUCUGUACUUGCAUUUAUAUUUCCAAUAAAUGUCAUAUAUAGUAAACAUGA